GCAAUAUCUCAGUACAAGACAAGUAUCUUCAGACAGAGACUAUUCUUCAUAUAGUGCCUUUUUACACUGAGAAUGAAAGCUGGCCAUUAAAGAAGAGAAUUAUGCUGCAGCCUGGCAAGGGUCUUAAAUUGGAUGAUGUGGACUCCAGGUAUUAACAAAGAUGAGGAGGCACUCCUGCUUUGGUUUUUUGAUCUGUGGGAUAUUUUUGCCUGGAAUCCUUGGUUUUCCACAGACAAAUACCUCAAUUGAUUGUGAUUCUCUGUUACCAAACUAUGAAGCUGAACCACAGUCAUCUGCACCACCAUAUAUUAUUGCUGUAUCUUUUGAUAACUUUGAGCCAGGAAAUGAAGUCCAAGUAACUCUAGAAGCACUUGGAGAUGCUGGGUUUAAAGGAUUUAAUCUACAAGCUCGAGAAAUAGAUGGAGAUGUUCCUGUUGGUACUUUUAAAAUUACAGAUCCAAACACUAAAGGCUUGGAAUGUCAUAACAUGACGAAUUCAGCAGUAAGUCAUGCCAAUUCAGAUGUGAAACAGAAGAUUACAACAACAUGGAUUGCUCCACAGGAUGUUAGAGAGCUUCAAUUUAUUGCAACUGUUGUUCAAAAUAUAGAGAACUUUUGGGUUGGAAUUCAAAGUAAAACUCUCACACCAACACAUUCUGAGUCAGUUAAUGCAACAGGAAAAAGUAAAAGGAAGCUUUUGAUAGAAUUAGAAUGUAACAAGCGUGGAGGGACUUACUCAACAGGCCGAUGCAUCAUGGUUGGACCUUCUGGUUCCUCUCAGAGCAGCUAUUCAGGCAGUCAGGGUGGAGUCGUCUACACAAUAAGCAAGAGUGGAUGUGGCCCUGGAGGUGCUGCUGGUGCAUAUAGCCAACAAGCCUGCAGAGAUACUGCAUCCUUAUCCGGCAGUGGUCUUACUUAUGGCCAGUCUGUCCCUUCAAGCAGUUCAGAGUCCAGUAAGAAGGUUGUGGUCGUUGCCAACAGCAACCCUUUUCCACCUGUGCGUCACACCUUCCCUCAGAGUUUGGGAAGCUCUGCCACAAGGAUCAUAGUACAGAGUGGACAAAAACAGCAAAGCAGCAGCAGUACUUAUAUUCAGGGUUCCCAAGGCAGCCAGUCCUAUGGCCAGGCCUACAGACCUCAAGGUGGCAGUUCCUAUGGCAGUUCCUACGGCCAGGGUGGACCAAGUUUCUCAGGCAGCAGCAGCUCCUAUGGCCAGGGUUCCCAAGGCAGCCAGUCCUACGGCCAGGGCUCCCAGCCUCAAGGAGGCAGUUCCUAUGGACAGGGGUACCAGCCUCAAGGUGGCAGUUCCUAUGGCCAGGGUGGACCAAGUUUCUCAGGCAGCAGCUCCUAUGGCCAGGGUUCCCAAGGCAGCCAGUCCUACGGCCAGGGUGGAUCUGUUUCUUACGGUGGCAGCAGUGGUUGUGGACAAGGUUACUCCUAUGAUAGCAAUCCCUGCCACCAGGGUGGAUCACAGGGUGGUCAGCAGAGUGGAUCAUCGUCCUCCCAAAAUUAUGGUGAUAACCAGGAUGGCUCCUACUCACAAAACUAUGGUGGGGGCCAAGGAGGAUCAUCCUCAGACACCUAUUAUGAGGACUCACAGGAUUCCUCAUAUGAUAAUAAUCCCAACGCUUGUGAUGAUAAUGACAGUACCUACAGUACCAAUAGCCAGCGUUCUGGUUGUGCGAAGAAGAAGGUUGUUGUUGCCCGAGACACAUCACAUGUUUUGAGCAGAAGAGCCUACGAUGUACAGAAUGCAUCUUCUCCUUCAAAUAGCAGCCACUCUGACAUGCAGGGUGGAUCAUUUAUUGCAACCAGUGGAUCAAGUAAUCAGGGUGGUUGCAUUUGUCCUGAUGGAAGCAGUGGUCAUAGACAGGGAGCCCCAGGUUCUUCAUACAGCACAUAUUCUGGUAACCAGGGAGGGCCUUUCUUCUAUCCUGGAGGAUCCUAUGGACAGGGUGGACCAGGUUCUUCCCACGGUUCUUACUCUGGCAACCAGGGAGGGCCUUUCUUUUAUCCUGGUGGAUCUUAUGGACAGGGAGCCCCAGGUUCUUCACACAGCACAUACUCUGGUAACCAGGGAGGGCCUUUCUUCUAUCCUGGAGGAUCCUAUGGACAGGGUGGACCAGGUUCUUCCCACGGUUCUUACUCUGGCAACCAGGGAGGGCCUUUCUUUUAUCCUGGUGGAUCUUAUGGACAGGGAGGGUCUUCUAGUUAUGAUGGCGGCAGUGAAUCCUAUGGUCAGGGUGCCUCUUCUACAUAUAGUGGCUCUGAGACUUAUGGCCAGGAUUCACCUUCCAUGGGAAGCAGUGAAACUGAAUAUAGUGAUUCCUCCUCACCGUCUGGUAGCCGCCAGAGUGAACGGGAUUUUUAUUCCCCAGGAGGCAGCCAGUCAGGUGGACAUGGGUCAUCUUCUCAAAGUGGUAGCUACUCCAGUGGACAGGACUCGUCCUCAUCUGGAAGCAGCCAGUAUGGUGGGCAGGGUUCACCUUCUGCAGGGGGCAGCCAGUCUGGUGGACAGGCUGGAUGUGAUUGUUCCGGGGGAAGUUCUGGUGGAUCCCCUACUUUAGUCAGAAGUGAUUCCUCUGCAAAUGGCACAUCUUCUUCUGGAGGCAGCCAGUACAACAGCCAAGAUUCGUAUUCCUCUGGAGCUAGCCAGUAUGGAGGACAUGAGUCAUCUUCUUAUGGAGGCAGCCAGUAUGGUGGACAAGGUUCACCUUCCUCAGGAGGCAGCCAAUAUGGUGGACAGGGUUCACCUUCUUCAGGAGGCAGCCAGUAUGGAGGACAGGGUAUAGCUUCUCCGGGAAGCAGCCAAUAUAGUGGACAGGGCUUUUCUUCAGGAGUCAGACAGUCUGGUGGGCAGGGUGGGUGUGUGUGCCCCGGUGGAGGUUCAGGCUCGUUCGCAGGAUCCAACUACCACGGUGGACAGGGUUCAUAUCCUGGAAGCAAUCAGUAUGGUGGACAGGGCUCUUAUCCCUCAGGAAGCAGCCAAUAUGGUGGGCAGGGCUCAUAUCCCUCUGGAGGCAAACAACAUGGUAAACCAGGUUCUUCUUCCUCAGGAGGCAGUCAUCAAGGAAAGCCAGGUGGCUCUGGCUCAGGAAGCACUUACUCUGGGAAACCGCAAUCACCUUAUUCAGGCGGCAGUCAAGUGAGCUCUGCUGGGAAACACUCCACUCCCCAACUCCUGAUGUUAUUCAGUGUUUUGAGUGCCUUUGCUCUCUCUGCUGCUGUAUCAAAAUGGUCUAUAUGAACUCCUGAAGUGUUACUCGACAUCCUAAACACGGAUUAUAUUCCAUAUUAUUAGAUUACUUAAUAUAAGAAAAAAAAGUACCAUUAAGUCAAAUUGGCAGAUGCUGCUUGGCUGUUAUGUUGCAUGUCUAGCUGGUAUUGCCAUGCCCCUCAUUAGUUUACUUCUGGUUUUAGUCAUUAGUAGAUAUCAUUAGUUGUGUCAGUGUUUUAGGCAUCAUUUUAAGAGAGCAUAUUGUACCCUACCUAUAUGAUUUAUUUCCAAUAGGGAAUGUGAUGAACACCUACCUGAAAUAAUUGAGGUGACAAAUGAAUACUUAGGAAAUAUUUGGUUGUUAACCAAAGUGGACAAGGUGAAAUAAAUUGUUGUAUAUGCAAAGUCACCACUGUGCCUGGUAAUCAUCGCAUAAGAUAAGGCUAAUGGAAACUUCUGAUAAGCAGAUCUCCAUGGGACAGAAGAAAAGGUGCUGGAAUAGUAUCAGAGUAUUUGUUUUAGUCUUUUGUAAUCAAAUGCAAAUUCAAUAUGGAGAUUGCAAAGCAAAAAAACUGCAGAAACUCCACCUGACUGAAUUUUUUUUGGGUUAAUUAAAGUUUAUUCAUUAGGAAAAUGAAACGGCUCAGAGCAAAGACAUUAUGAACUCCAUUCAAACCAGCUGCAAAUACCUAGAGUUCUGUAGAGAAGUGUAUGAGGCAAAUGUUCCUAGAUUAGGCUGAUAAAUCCCAAAAUCUGCUGAAGAAUAAAGACUUUUUCCUUGGAGGGAAUAGAGAAUCUAUUAAAUUCAUAAGACUAAUACCAUCUUGGCUCCUUUUCUCGAGUAUUUAGUCUAUCCUGUAUAUCCGAAAGGCUCAUUUCAUGAGUGAUGCGUACAUCUGCAAGCAGCUACUUCAGUGUGCUCGCUGAAAUACCACAGCCCAUUUUUGAGUUCAGGAGCACCUUGCAGCAAACUUCUGGAGCUCUCAAAGCCAUCUUCUGUUUGGUGUUAACGGAGCGCAUUCACCCAAAGCAUACUUCUAAUGAAUGUGUUAUUGAACAUGUGCCUGCUAUUAAAAUUACCGGUAUUAGUGGCGUGAUUUUCUGUCACGGUUUGCAAUUCUAACUGGUGGGAGAGGUUUCCAUUCAAAUUCUCCUAACAACCUCCCCGAGG